AUGGCCUCUGGUUCAUCAAGCUUGGAUGCAGAGUCCACAAUUGCUGAUGAAGGACUACAACCCGCAGAUCCCAAGGACGAUACGGAAAAUGCAUCCACCUAUCAUACCCCAGCGACAUGGCACAUGGCAUCCGAAUUGCGACAACUCAGGGAACGGGACGAAGAGGGUGGGGAGAAGCCCAAAAUGCUCGGCGUUGCCUGGAAGAAUCUCACCGUCAAGGGCGUUGGCGGCAACGCCAAGUUCAAUGAGAAUGUCCUGUCCCAGUUUUUCCCUUUCCACAGGGGUGGCAAGGGUAUCAAAACCAAGACCAUCAUUGACAGUUCGUUUGGAUGCGUUAAGCCAGGAGAGAUGUUGCUCGUCCUGGGGCGGCCUGGAGCGGGUUGCACUACGCUGCUGAACGUACUCGCAAACAAUCGUCUCGGCUAUGAAGAGGUCAACGGAGACGUCAGCUAUGGGAACAUGUCUGCUGUGGAAGCAAGGCAGUACCGUGGCCAGAUUGUUAUGAACACGGAGGAGGAGAUCUUUUUUCCAACACUGACCGUUGAAGACACGAUCGACUUUGCCGCUCGCAUGAAGGUUCCAUAUCACCUGCCACCUGGGAUUUCGACUCAUGAACAAUAUGUCCAGUUCUAUAAGGACUUUCUCCUGCGCUCAGUUGGAAUCACUCAUACCGCACGGACGAAGGUCGGUGAUGCCUUUAUUAGGGGUGUUUCGGGAGGAGAGAGAAAACGUGUCUCAAUUCUAGAGUGUCUCACUACUCGUGCUAGCAUCUUUUGCUGGGAUAACUCGACAAGAGGCCUUGACGCCAGCACGGCUCUUGAGUGGAUCAAGGCUAUCAGGGUGAUGACCGAUCUCCUGGGGCUCAGUACAAUUGUCACCCUCUAUCAGGCGGGUAACGGCAUCUACGAGCAUUUUGAUAAGGUUCUGCUUCUUGACGAGGGCAAACAAAUCUUCUACGGGCCUCAAGCGGACGCUGUCUCAUUCAUGGAGGGACUGGGCUUCAUGCGUGAUCCAGGUUCCAACCGGGGAGAUUUCCUGACUGGCGUGACAGUGCCCACUGAGCGCGUCAUUGUCCCUGGACAUGAUGACAAGUUCCCACGCACCGCCGACGAGAUCCGCACUGCCUACGAACGGUCCCAUAUCAGGCCCAGGAUGCUGGAAGAAGCCCAGAGCUACCCGACAAGCAAAGAAGCAGCUGACAACACGGCCGUAUUCAAAGAAAUGGUUGCUCGUGAAAAGCAUAGGGGUGUGCCCAAGAGGUCCCCUGUCACUACUGGUUUCAUUACUCAAGUAAUGGCUGCAAUUAUUAGGCAAUACCAGCUUAUGUGGGGUGACAAGGCGACUCUAUUUAUAAAGCAAGGCGCUACAGUUGUCCAGGCACUCCUCGGUGGUUCUCUCUUUUAUUCGGCCCCUGACAAUUCUAUCGGCCUUUUUCUGAAGGGCGGUGCCCUGUUUUUCUCUAUUCUAUACAAUGCUCUUAUAGCCUUAUCAGAGGUUACUGACUCAUUCACCGGCCGACCUAUUCUCUCCAAACACCGCUCCUUCGCGUUGUACCAUCCGGCGGCUAUCUGCAUCGCCCAGAUUGUGGCUGAUUUACCUAUAAUAUUAUUCCAGGUUACACAUUUCGGCCUUAUCCUAUAUUUUAUGGUUGGCCUGAAGACCACAGCUGAGGCAUUCUUUACUUAUUUAAUCACCAACUUCAUGACGGCCAUGACUAUGACAGCUUUCUUUCGACUUGUCGGUGCCGCAUUCCCUACGUUCGACGCUGCGUCCAAAGUCUCGGGUCUUUCGAUUGUAGCGCUGUUUAUCUACAUGGGAUAUAUGAUUAUCAAGCCUGAGAUGCAUCCAUGGUUUGUAUGGAUCUUUUGGAUCAACCCCAUGGCCUACGCAUUCGAGUCUCUUCUUGGAAACGAAUUCCAUGACCAGAUUAUCCCGUGUUACGGACCUAACCUAAUUCCUAGCGGCCCUGACUACAUUGAUGAAGGGGGACAAUCAUGUGCCGGUGUCGUUGGUGCAGCACCUGGUGCGACGAGCCUGACCGGUGAUGAAUAUCUCGCAGCCAUAUCUUUUAGCCAUAGCCAUAUAUGGCGUAACUUUGGAAUUAUCUGCGCCUGGUGGGUGCUCUUCGUUGUGCUCACCAUAUUUUUCACCUCCAAAUGGAAGCUACUUGGAGAAGGAGACCGUAAACUCCUGAUCCCUCGAGAGCUACAACAUAAAUCAAAACACCUUUUGCAAACCAGAGACGAGGAAACACAAUCAUCGGAGAAACCUGUCAGCCCCGGAUCUGAUGCAUCAGGGGGAAGCUUCGGAAAUGACCUGCUCCGCAACAAGAGCAUAUUCACUUGGAAAAACCUGACUUAUUCUAUCCCAACGGCUGACGGUGGCCGUAUCCUUCUUGACAACAUUCAAGGAUAUGUCAAACCUGGUAUGCUUGGUGCUUUAAUGGGCUCCUCUGGUGCUGGCAAGACGACCCUGCUGGAUGUUCUCGCACAACGCAAAACCUCAGGCACUAUUCGUGGAUCUGUCUUAGUAGAUGGGCGUCCUCUUCCUGUUUCUUUCCAACGCUCUGCUGGUUAUGUGGAACAGCUGGAUAUUCACGAGCCCUAUGCGACUGUCCGUGAGGCUCUGGAGUUUUCAGCGCUAUUGCGCCAAGCUCGCGAUACACCCACUGAAGAAAAGUUGCAAUACGUGGACACCAUUAUUGAUCUUCUUGAGCUGAAUGACCUUGAACAUACCCUCAUUGGUCGACCAGGUGCUGGUCUCUCAGUGGAGCAACGUAAGCGUCUUACCAUUGGUGUUGAACUAGUGGCAAAGCCGAGUAUUCUCUGUUUCCUUGAUGAGCCCACGUCGGGACUUGAUGGUCAAGCUGCCUAUAACACUGUUCGCUUCCUUCGCAAGCUUGCAGAAGCAGGCCAAGCUAUACUCGUCACUAUCCAUCAACCAUCGGCACAGUUGUUUGCGCAAUUUGAUAAAUUAUUAUUGCUGGCUGCCGGCGGGAAAACGGUGUACUUUGGAGAUAUUGGCCAGAACGCGAACACAGUCAAGGAGUACUUUGGUCGCCACGGCGCACCUUGUCCACCUGAAGCCAAUCCCGCUGAGCAUAUUAUUGAUGUUGUGUCGGCAGGCGAGAGUCGUGAUUGGAACCGGGUCUGGCUGGAGUCCCCGGAACAUGACAAACUCUCCAAGGAAUUGGAUAUCAUGGUUGCUGAAGCUGCGUCUCGACCCACAGCAGCAAAUGAUGAUCCGCACGAAUUUGCUGCUUCGCUCUGGACCCAAGUCAAGCUUGUGACGCAUCGUAUGAACGUCUCUCUCUUCCGGAAUACUGAAUACCUCAAUAACAAAUUCGCCAUGCAUAUCAGCCUAGCGCUGUUAAACGGCUUUACCUUCUGGAAGAUUGGAGAUGCACUGACAGAUCUACAACAGAACCUCUUUACUGUGUUCAACUUCAUUUUUGUCGCGCCGGGUGUUAUCGCCCAGCUACAGCCGCUCUUCAUUGACCGCCGGGAUAUUUUCGAGGCGCGGGAGAAGAAAACCAAAAUGUACCACUGGGCUCCCUUCGUGAUGGGUCUCAUAGUCUCAGAGUUUCCUUACUUGCUUAUCUGUGCGCUGCUGUAUUAUGUUUGCUGGUACUUUACCAGCGGCCUUCCUACCUCCGCUGAUCAUGCUGGAAGCGUCUUUUUCGUUGUGGUAAUGUAUGAGUGUCUUUACACGGGCAUAGGGCAGAUGAUUGCCGCUUACACACCAAACGCCGUGUUUGCAUCACUGGUCAACCCUCUGGUGAUUACCACUCUCGUCUCCUUCUGCGGCGUGAUGGUUCCAUAUAGCCAAAUCGUAUCAUUCUGGCGAUACUGGAUGUACUACGUCGACCCCUUCAACUACCUCAUGAGUUCUCUGCUGGUGUUCACUACCUGGGACAAGCCCGUGCACUGCAAGCCCGAGGAGCUAGCUGUGUUUGAUCCGGCUCCCAAUCAAACAUGUGGCGAAUAUCUCAAUGUCUACCAGCGUGGCGUGGGGGUAGGCACGAACCUUCUGAACCCGGAUGAUACCUUUGGCUGCCGCGUUUGCCAGUAUACUGAAGGCGGAGAUUACCUCCGUACGCUAAACUUGCAAGAACAAUACUAUGGAUGGAGGAAUGCGGGAAUUGUUGUUGUAUUCGUGGUCGGUAUUUACGGGCUCGUAUUCCUCAUGAUGAAACUCCGCACCAAGGCCACCAAAAAGGCCGAGUCCUAA